AUGAACCACCGUUCGCGAUUUGUCCCUGACCCGGCGUACUCUAUUAACCCUUACCAGCAACAACAACAACAACAACAACAACAACCACCUCAGUCGCAGGGUAUGAUGUCCUCCCAGCGCCUGUCCUCCGUACCGUCUUCAGUGCCGGGGGUUGGUCAGACCCCGAUGCAGUCGUCCAUGUCCCCCAGCACGAUGUGGACGGCCAACUUUGCCAACGGCCCCAUCAUCGAAGAUCUCUGCGCGCCCCCGCCGCCAAUUGCCAUGUUCACACCACCCAUGAACGCCAUCCACCAACCCAUGCCCAUGGUCGCGAUGCACCCGGGUGCCAUGCCCCAAGUCCAGAACGUCUACGGCAUCCGCCAGCCGGCGCCUCACCCAUUCCCUCGCGGCGUGCACCCGGGCCAGGGCCCGCCCAUGCAUGGAAUGCCCUCGUCGAGGGUGGUGGGUUCGUACCCGCCCUACGCGAGCCAGCAGGCCGGAAUCGGGAUCGUGUACCCGCCGCCUCCGCAGAUGGACCUCGGCGCCAUGAUGGCGCGGCCGAGGUUGGACACGGGGUUCGCAAGUACGAUUCCUGCCGCGCCGGUGCCGUCGGCGGCGGGAAACGCGGCCGAGAUGGGGCAGAUGGCGGCUCCGAAUAAUAUGAAUGGCAGUCCAGCAGGAGAGGGGAUGCCAUCCAUGACGCCGGCGGAGGAAGAGGCGCUCAGGGAAUUCUUGAGCCCGGACUUGGGCAAGCCUUGA